CAUUUUUCGAAACCUUAAGCGCAUUCCGAGUGAGCAAAAAAAUAAAUAAAAAUAAAUAAAUAAUAAUAAAAAAAAAACCCUUCCAAAAAUGCUGUCUAUGUUAAAAGCACACUAGAUUUUGAGACGCAGCCGCCACCUGCGGCAGAAGUGAAAAGUGUGCUGGAUUGAAACUGCUGGAGGGAUCCCAGACAUGGACUCUAUGGAUGGAGGAAUGCGUUACACUCCCAAUUCUUCGGACAAGCACUGGGACCAAGCUGUCACAUUCUUGCCAGCGUCAAACAGUAAAAAGCUGGAGAAGAAAAGUGGUCCUGGGAAGGUUGGGAUCAUUGUUGGCCUGGUUAUCUUGGCAGCCAUUUUAGCUUUGAUCAUUGGCGUCGUGGUCUGGCAUUUUCACUUCCGAAAGGAUUUGAGGUUACAGAAGAUUUACACCGGCUCCCUUAGAAUAACCAAUCGAGCUUUUGUGGAUGCAUAUGAAAAUCCAGAGAGUGAAGAGUUUAAAAAACUGGCGAACCAAGUGAUGACUCAGCUGAAAUCAAUGUACUCUGAGUCUUCACAACUGGUGAAAUAUUAUGUCGGUUCCAAAGUUCUUGCCUUCAGUGAGGGCAGUGUAAUAGCUUACUAUGAGUCAGAGUUUAAUGUUCCGGUGGGGCAGGAAGCAGCAGUAGAUCAGGCUGUGAACAGCUUGAAUGACAUGUACAGCACCAAUAAACAACGGCGUUUUUUGGAUGAACCAGGUUCCCUGGUCUUCGACUGCGUCAUCUCCUCGGCUCUGGACACACGUAUGAUGGCAAAAGCCAGAAAAUUUGAGAAUUAUGCCCAGCACACCAGUAAUUAUGCGGAUGAGAUUAUUAAAUCACCUGGUUUCCCUGAUUCGCCGUAUCCUCCUAACGCUUUGGUACAGUGGCAGCUGCGGGGUGACCCAGGCUACGUUCUCAAGCUGGCUUUUGACACAUUCAACCUGGAGCGAAAUUGUUCCAGUGACUCAGUGAGAGUGUAUGACUCGCUGGUCGCUAUUGAUAAACACCUCAUGGCAGAGAAAUGUGGCUACUAUUCUCCCAGCAAUCCCCUCACCUUCAUCUCAUCUCGAAAUGUUAUACUGGUCACCUUGAUAACCAAUGAGGUUGGGAAUUAUCCCGGCUUUAGAGCCCGUAUCACCCAGAUUAAGCAAGAUAGCAACGAACUCCAAUGUGGUGGUAAAUUGACUGGAUCCUCUGGUACUUUUACAUCACCACACUUUCCCAGUUAUUACUCUCCCAACACUACAUGCCAGUGGGACAUUGAGGUUCCUGCUGGAAAAUUUAUCAAGCUGAAAUUCCCCAAAUUCUUGGUGUCUACAGAGGAAAAGAGUUUUUGCCCUGGAGAUUAUGUAGAGGUGAUUGGAAAGAGAUUUUGUGGGCAGAAGACAGCUAUUCCCAUGGUUACCAGCAACAGUAACAAGAUGACUGUUGUGUUCUACUCUGAUGCUUCACGUGUAGAUCGAGGUUUUAGUGCCACUUACGAGGCCUUUGAGCCCACUGACCCCUGCCCGGAACAGUUCCAGUGUGACAACAAACGCUGUGUUAGCCCAACUAUGCGCUGUGACGGUUGGAACGAUUGCGGAGACAGCAGCGAUGAGAAAAACUGCAGAUGCGACUCCAAUAUGAUCCAAUGUGGAAAUGGCUUCUGUAAGCCUCUGUUCUGGCAGUGUGACGGCAUAAGUGACUGUAACGAUUCUGCAGAUGAACUUAAUUGUGGAUGUAAGACUGGCGAAUUUAAGUGUAAAAACGAUCAGUGUGUGUCAGAGAAGCUGAAGUGUGAUGGACAUCAGGACUGUAAGGACGGCUCAGAUGAGGAGGGCUGUUCAAGAGAAAUGACCUGCACAGUCUCAACGUUUGAGUGCGGUAAUGGCAAAUGUAUUACCAAAAUGAACCCUGUGUGUGAUGGGCAAGAUGACUGCGGCGAUGGAUCUGACGAGGCCAACUGCAACUGUGGCAAAAUAGUUUACAAGAAGUCUCGCAUUGUGGGUGGGCAGGACGCAGCGGAAGGAGAGUUCCCAUGGCAGGUCAGCCUCCACAUUAAAAACACAGCACAUGUCUGUGGCGGAUCAAUCAUCAACGAUCGAUGGCUUGUGACUGCUGCCCACUGCGUACAAGACGACGUCAAAAUCAGGUAUUCUCAGCCAGGCACAUGGGAGGCAUACCUGGGUCUCCACUCGCAGAGAGUGAAACAGACCGCAACGAAGAGAAACAUAAAACAAGUGAUUCCUCACCCGUCCUACAACGCCUACACCUAUGACUUUGACAUCGCCCUGAUGGAGCUAGACUCAUCCGUGACCUUCAGUGAGACCAUUCGCCCCAUUUGUCUGCCUACUGCCAAUGAUGUCUUCCCUGCUGGCUCGCCUGUCACCAUCACUGGCUGGGGUGCCACAAGAGAAGGGGGCUCUGGAGCAACUGUGCUGCAGAAAGCACAGGUUCGCAUCAUCAACAGCACAGUGUGUGAUAAACUAAUGAAUGGUCAGAUAACAUCUCGCAUGAUGUGUGCCGGUGUUCUGACAGGAGGAGUGGAUGCUUGCCAGGGUGACUCGGGCGGUCCUCUGUGCUUUUAUACCAAUGAGCGCACUUUCCUGGCGGGAGUGGUGAGCUGGGGUGAUGGUUGUGCCCGCAGAAACAAGCCAGGCAUCUACACAACCGUCCCGAAAUUCCGCGGUUGGAUCAAAGAAAAGACUGGAGUAUAACUUGCUUUGUGGAUUAUGUUGGACUCUUGAGAAAUUUUAUGGACUUUUUUUUUUUCUUGGGUCACAGAUAUUUUAGUGACACACCAGAAUAACCCAGUAUAACUUUGCAGCAUAACAGCAUGGUGCAUUCAUUAGCAAUGUCUGAAUAAAGGACAAACAGAUGGUCUUUUUAUGAUUUGUGUUUUGCAUUUGUCCAGUAACUGUUUUAUAUAUUUGUAUAUUUUAUGAGAAGUAGUUUGAGGGUUUUAAGUUGUCUUAAGAUGUGUAAAUAAAUUUCUUAUUUCCUCUUUUGAAAGGUUUUGUUGUUUUUUGUUUAGUUUUUAAAAGUGAGUGAUUUAUUUUUGUGUGGGUCUGUCGAUUCAGUUUCUUUGGGUCAGGGAGUGUUUCUGUGUUAUACACACUUAAAGGUGAACAUCUUCAAGCCUUUUCUGACUUUUGUUGCCAUCACAUUCCUGAAUGUGACAAUCAGUAAGCUGCAAAAUGCACAUGCUGUAAUGUGCAGUGAUUUUCAACAAUCACACAUCAUAGAAACACUUGAAAGGAUCACUGUCUCUUGUGUGCAUCAUAAUAUGUGCAAGUCUUGGGUGCAUUUGAUUUGAUUCAGGUACUACAUUGAACACUUUCAUAGUAAAUUUUGCAGUGAAGUCAUUGUUUCAUACCAUGAUUUAAAAAUUCAGCAAAAUGUCACAAUGAAAUAAAAGGUUUAUCUGGUCAACAUUGUGCAAAAUAUGUGUAAUUUUACUC